AUGGGUGACGACAGUAUUGGCCAUAUGUUCUCUGUUAUCAUUGAUAACGGCAUCGAAUCGAGUGGGACUGAAUUCGAGAAAUACCGUUCCAGCACCUUAUGUCUUUCCGGCAACGGACCAGUGGUAAGAGCUGUUUUUCCUACUGGAAAUGAUGAUGAAGACAUUGACCAAAGCAAUAGGGAUGGCAAUGAUGGACCUUGGUCUACCUUUGCUUUACAGAUAGGGACCCCUCCACAGACGAUCAAAGUUCAGAUCUCGACUUCGGCGAGCCAACUGUUCGCCGUAACUCCCGAAGGCUGUACAUCCGGAGAUUCUCUUGACUGUAAAAAGUUGAGGGGAGAGUUCUUCAACUACAACGAGUCGUCUACCUACUCCCCGAAUCUCGUCAACAGAUCGAGUAGCAUAUAUGGUUUGGGUCUCGAGUCAAGUCUUGGAUACACCGGUCGGGGCAGAUUUGGGUUCGAUGAUAUUACAUUAGGUUGGCAAGGAGGUGGGGGUCCUGUGAUCAGAAAUCACACUGUAGCAGGAAUAGCCACCAAGGAAUUUUUUAUGGGAUUGCUGGGCCUUACCCCUCGGGCAACAAACUUUACAAAUUACAACAACCCAUUUCCUAGUAUUAUGCAGAGCCUCCGGAAUCAAACGUUGAUACCAAGUUCUAGUUGGGGCUACACAGCAGGGAAUCAGUAUCGGCUGAACAAGGUGUCGGGGAGCUUAACAUUGGGCGGAUACGACAGUUCCAAAUUUAUACCGAAUAACGUUUCAUUCCCUAUUAGUGGCGGUGACGAGCUCGUUCUCCAGCUCCAAAGAAUUACAACUAAUAACAGUGUAUCCUUACUCUCGAACUCGAUAAUGACGACUCUUGACUCGACAGUUCCGCACAUCUGGUUACCGAACUCAACAUGUGAACUAUUCGAAAGUGCAUUUGGACUUGUGUGGAAUGAAACUUUAAAUCUAUAUUUAUUAAAUGAUACGCAGCACAGAGCACUAGAGACGCAAAAUCCGACCAUAACUUUUACGGUUAGCCCUGUCGGAUCGGAUUCUACAGUGGAUAUCUCGUUACCAUAUUCCACCUUUGAUCUCAUCUCUUCCGCCCCGAUUACUCCGAUAGCAACUCGAUAUUUCCCGCUCAGACGCGCAAACAACGAGUCACAGUACCUGAUUGGGCGAACCUUUUUCCAAGAAGCAUAUAUCAUUGCUGACUUCGAGCGAAAAAACUUUUCUGUAUCGCAAUGCAAUUGGACUCCAAAUCAAGUUCAAAAAAUUGUCACCAUUUUGCCUCCGUCAGAUACGACAGGAACGACAUCAGAAGGUGGCAAGAUCUCAAAGAGUGUUAUAUCUGGCAUAGCCGCUGGCGGAGCUGCCCUAAUCAUCAUUUCUUGUAUUUUACUAGAGUUUUACUAUCUCAAACCGCGAAGAAAACAGAAAGCGAUUGCCGAAUUAGAGGCCAGUGGCACAAUAAAUCCAACAAACGACCCAGAUGUCAUCAAACCCGAGCUCUACGGCUCGACUAUCAGCCCUACGGAUCCGAAAUUUGAAGUAGACGCCAAGAAGUAUGAUCCGCCAGUUGAAAUAGGUGGACACAACCCGAUUUUCGAGAUGCCCGCUCGAGAAGAAGUCGCGAUUGAAAUGUCAAACAACGUCAAUCGUCAAUUUUCCGCACGAGGGUACAGAAAGAAUAAGAAGAAGGCUAGAAAUGAAAGUGUUUCUGAUAUCGUCAGUCCUGAAUCUCCGGUAGUUGGGUGGAGCCAACUUAGGAGAACGAUGACUCCGGCUAUCAGUCCUGCGACGGAUUUCAUUGGUACUGAUACGGCGACGGAAACAAAUCUUUCGUGGGCAAGCUCGCCAGAACCAACGUUUUCGACACCUUUGAUGGGGAGUUUGACGCCUUUGCCACCUGGAACGCCGUCGUUGGCGGUCCCAACGACCACGGGCAGUCUCACCAUGAGCUUCGGAUUCUCGAUCGGUGAUGGCGUAAUGCUCACCAAACUAGUUUGGCAAACAGUCGAAGGGACUCGAAAGGCUUGUGGCGAAUACAGCGAAAUGACGAGAGAGGCUCGUUCCCUUGGUCAAGUCUUCGAAAGACUUCGCGGCGAGAUCGCCUCGCCAGAAUCUGCACUUCAUCGGGCAAAGGACGAGAGGAAGCGCGAGCUUAGCAAGAUCCUGCGAAGAGCCCAAAGAUUGCUGGAAGAUAUCGAAGAUGCUAUCGUGAAAUAUAAUGGGUUGAGUACAGAGGGGGGAGGUGCCGGGAAGCUGAUGCAGAAGAUUCGGUUCGGAAAUGGCAAGGCAAGAGAUUUGGAUAGUGUUAGGCUCAAGAUGGCCACUUAUACCGCUUCAAUCACGAUAAAUCUCAACUUACUUUCCUCGGAAGGUCAAGGCAGGAUUGAAAAUCAAGUUGAAUCACUUGGAGGUGAUCUUCGUGGCAUCCGCGAAUCGGUUAACUAUAUAACUGCCAAGCUCUCUGCGAGAACUGAAGAAGGCAGUGUCUGGACAAGCUACGCCGAUGACGAUAAGAUGUUCUGGAGACGUCUUCGCCGGGGUCUCUAUCAGGAAGGCUAUACCGACCGAGAAUUAAGGAAGCAUGAGAAGUUGAUCAUGGCUUAUAUCAAUGAGCUGGGUGAGCGAGGUAUGUUGGAUGCAGAAGCUAGUGAACCGCAAGAGAAGUCGUUGUCCUCAUCCGACAGUGAUUCGGUCUCAAGUGAAUCGCUUGAGAAAAAGAGAGAAGAAUCAAACAUUGUCGAAGAUCUCACCGAUAGUAGUGUAUUGAAAGCAGACCUUACUGAAUCUGAGAGUGAGCUUCCUUCUACUUCUAAAAGCCACCCUUCGUCACGUCGAGUUCAUGUGGAAGAUGUUGCGAAAGGAAAUUCCACUUCUGUCGAGUCCAAUCCGGAGACAACAGUUUCCGAAGCUAAGUCACUGCAACAGCAAACUAGUCGUCGACUACACAGUCCCUUACCAAGUUCAACUCCAAAGAUCUCGCAGGAAAACUCCACAGAAACGCAACGUCAUCACGUCGUGGAUGAAAAGAUUCAGCGUGACGAAAGCGGCCCUCAAAACCAUAACUUGAACUCGGCAAGAACAGGUCGAGCGGAUACUCCCGGCCCAGGUCAUUCGAUAUCCGUCAAUUUACCUGCAAAGUCUGUUAGUAUACCAGAAAGAGAUAAAAGUGCUAUGAUUUCUUCUCUGAAACCCGGUCCGUCCAGCAAAAGAGAAGGGAAGAAAAGAUCAUCUGGACAACGCAGAUCAAAUCGUCGAACUACGACAAACAAAACGGAGUCAGAAAAGUCGAAAACAGGCAGCACUUCAUCUCAACCUUUCGGUUCAUCCAGCCAUGCAGCUGAUGAAAUUAUACCUCUUGAGAGAGAGAGAAGAGUCUAUAGUUUGCAAGGUUCAGCAAGACAAGGAGAGAAGGUUGGAGAGUCUAGUACGAUUAACAAACCACCGCAGACAUCCUCGCCAGUUGCAAGCAAAAAAGCUUCCCCAACUUCGUCGCCUUCUCCACCACUUCCAGGAAGCCAAGUCGCCUGCUUGCGUGGUUACUUAAACCCUCUACAGGAGCUUACUAUGGCUGAAAGUUACUUAAACUCCAUCAAAUUAUUUGGUUGUAAUAGUUUAGUUCCGUUGAGCGAGAUGAUGGCAGAAGCACAUUAUACUUCGUGCUUCUCGUGCGCAUCUCAGCCAAAGACUGGCGCCAAACGAGAACAUCCGGUUCACUAUAACGUACAUCCGUGGGAGACAACACAAUUGGUGCUCAGUCAUGAAGGCAGUUACUUCGAAGAUUCGAAGCUCACCCUCUGGCUUCAUGCGACUAUGUGCAGAUCGUAUGGCUCAAUAUCGCCUUGGGCUAACGUGACGAGAAGACUUGUUUAUGCAUCGCAUGUGCUUCAAAUCACCAUCGGGAAGCUCAAUUGCAAACCAGACCCGGACUUGUCGUCUACAGACUGUCUCAUCAAUCAAAGCUAUUGGAAUAUAUACUUGACCUACUGUGUGGAAUUAAGGGAUGAACUUUACGAAUGUGCAUUGAAGGAAGAUAACAGUAUCAACCAGACCGUGGCACACUCAUCUGAAGGAUCCAAUGGAAUUGAUACUUUCUGUCUUUACCUUGCGAAAGGUGUAGCCGAAUCUAAGUCCGUGAAUUAUACUAUGGAUGUGGGUGUUACAGUUUACCAGAUGUUGAAUUUGAUAUUCGAGAUAGAUUGUGUGUUUGGGUGGGACUGUUUCGCCAUGUCAGGAGAAUUAAUCAAUCAGAUUUUUCUUUCAUCUUAUCAUUCUCUAACGAGAUCUCGGUUUCUACAGAGUCCAGAAUUCCAACGAUGGUUGUGUUCAACGAAAGCCGCACGUUACGCACGACAACCCCCGAAUCUGAUGUCAAAAGCAUCCACGGCAGAGCGAAUGGAAUACGAAUCAUUUCAAUCCCAGACUGCGAGCAGCUUUAGUCAGUCGACAGCUUACUCAGGCGGCGACUCAUAUCCUCCUCCUUCACCUGGGGCUCAAAGAUAUCAGAAGUUUGAUCUUUCCAAGGAAACUCUCCGCUGGGCAAAUAAUGAAAGUCAUGAAAGCCUUGAAGCUCGAGCAAAAACGAUUGAGGCAUGGGAUACUCUGAGAGGUAAAGGGUACAACAACACCUCGUCUGCCUUCCGUCGUUAG